UAAAGAUCUAUAAUUUCUCCUCAAUUUGCAUAUAAAGCAAAUCAUCAAAAAAAGCUGGUUCAAAUUUAACAAAGAAAUAAAAAGCUCAUUAGCUCUCAUUCACUGAACUCCGACAAUCUCGACCUUUCUACGGUCAUUAAGUUCUUGACUUUCUUAGCAGAAAGGAAGGCUCUAAAAAAUUUGUUAUUUAUUUUUCCUCAUUGGAAUCUCUCAAUUCACAGAGAAAUUUACAGCUCCAAUCUGCAACUGAAGUCUCAUCCUCCAUGUUAGAGGAAUUUGUGACCAAAAAUGUUGGUUGGAAGCCAUUCAAGCCAAGCUGAAGAUCAUCCGGGCUGGCAUGCAAUCAUCUACUAUGUAAGUAUGAUGGAUUAAAUGACAGCAAAAGCGACCCCAACUUGUUUAUCAAGAAGAGAAAACGACCCCUAGAGCCAAGUUAGAGACUUUUUGGUGGUGGAUCCAAAUCUCGAUUCCAAAUUGAGAAGUCUUCCUCAUUACACGACACCCUUUUAGGCUUUUUUCGGCACGGGAUUCAUCAAAGUGUAACCCACUUUUUCUCUAUUGCAAACUUUUCUUCAUUUUUCGGUCUUGUUGUGAAUCUGGGUAGUAUUUAUUUGUGGUAAUUAUCGAUUUCUCUGUGUUGAGCAAUCAUGGGAUCGGGGAUUGUUGCUUCUGGGACUUGGCAAAGCAUACAGAUUCCAGUUUCUCGUUCAGUUUAUUGUGCUUCUUCUAGUUCGAAGCCAUCGUUUUCGAUUUCUUUGUCUUCCUUGGCAAAGCCUAGUGGAAGCAAUGGAGGUUUGGGGCAUGGGUUAGUUCAUAGUUUGGUGUUUCCAGGGUCGAGUAAGUUAAAAGGUUGUAGCUUGAAGCAAACUUGUAGAGCUAGUUUUGAGGAUUUCUCCUAUGAUGAAAUGUCGGAACAGAUGGAGGAAUUGGCUCAGAAGUUGGAAAUUUGUAGUGAUAACGACGAAAAUGAAGAGGAGGAUACAUCUUGGGUCAUGUCAAAAGUUUCGAGGUCUAGGUACCCCGGAGGGAAAAAGAGGAGAGACAGUGGUUUUUCAAUGCAAUUUUCGAGGUUCAAGCUUAAUGCUUUAGAGCCAUCUCUGCUUGGGAUUAAUCCUGAGCCACCAGACUGGCCAGAGAGGAGUGAAAUUGUUCUAGCAGACAUUGCACGAAAGGCAAACAGCCUCGAGUUUCCAUUGUCCCUUAGGUUGUUGAAGAAGAAGCAUCAACAAUGGGAAGAGAGUUCCAGAGAAGUAGGGGAGUACACUGCUUUUAGCUCUUUGAACAAGGCCUUCUCGUCCAUGGUGUUUAUCAUCCAUGAGCUUCACAGCUAUGCUUUAAGUAUAGGGGGAUGUCUGUACUGUGAAGACUUUAAGGAAAUUAUAUCCAAGGUGCAGAGAGAAAUGAACUUUUCAUUUGUGUGGUUGUUUCAGCAGGUCUUUUCAAGGUCACCGACUCUCAUGGUGUAUGUGAUGAUCUUGUUGGCGAAUUUCACGGUUUAUUCAAUGAAUGGUAAGAAUGCUGUUAUUCCAGAUACCACUCCUAUGCCUGAUGUGGCUGAGACUUUGGGUCUGUUUCUGUAUGAACCGCUGGAACGACCCUGCGUGUACUGGGACGGGGAGGAUGAAUGUGAGCCGGACAAAGUGAGCCCCAGUGAAAGUGAGAACAAGGAUGGGACUGGCCUUAGGUUGAUCAAGUUUCCAACUGAAGAGAUAUUUGGUGUUUCGUCGUUGGAUGAUGAGGAGUUGAAUUUGUGGAAAUCAGUGCUGGAAGAAGCUUCUAAUAUGCAGGCAGAAUUGAGGACCGAGGAUCUUGAUUAUGAAACCGUGCAACAAUUUGUGUCACCUGUAACUGUGAAUCUCGAAGCAGAUGAUUAUGACUGCUACUUUAAGACAGAUAUUUUGUACCAGAUGGGCUUAGCUCAGGAGCCCGAUAAUACACUGCUACUGUCAAACUAUGCAAAAUUCCUCUACCUCGUGGCUCAUGAUCACGACAGGGCGGAGGAGUGCUUUAGGCGAGCAGUGCAAGCUGAGAAACCUGAUGCCGAGGCUUUGAGCCUAUAUGCAGACUUCUUGUGGUAUGUAAGGAACGACAUUUGGGGUGCGGAAGAGAGAUACCUGCAAGCAGUGUCAGCUGAGCCCUCGAGCCCCUAUUACGCCUCCAGGUAUGCCCGUUUCCUUUGGCACACCGGGGGCACUGACACUUGCUACCCUCUCGAAUCCUAUGAUAAAGUUUUGUAAUUAGCUAAAUAAAGAUACAGGGCUGUAUGUGUUCCUGGAUGCUUUAUUUCUCUUACAUAAUCUACUAAUGAGUUACUGCACUAAUUAGAUUAGUUAUCUAUACCAAAGUAAUUCCACCAAGGAAAUAACAAUCUCUGUCCUCAUUUGAGACCAGAUUGAUUGCAAAAUUAGAUAACUCAGUUUUGUAACCUCAGUUAUUGCAGAAUUUCUUAUCCAAUUUUGUACUCCAGUUUGAUCAUAAUAAGAAAUCAGUUUGACAUUGAGCUUUUCGAUUC